UAGAUUUGGGGAGAGUACGCAAGCUGCCGAUGCGAUGGCGCAUAGAAGUUUCUCCAUAAAAACAUUCCAUAGACAACGAAGAUGUCGUCCGGCAACUACUGUCAGGCACAUAUUUGGACAAUAUUGUAGUAACUAGAAAACCAUUCAUUACCUUAUUUUGCUGUUCUUAUCGAGACUUUAAUUUGGAGAGCAUUUGCUUUGCUAAAGAAGAAUAAAUCUGCGUUGUGACUGAGUGUCGUUCGACGACCUAUUUCUAGCCGUAGGGCUGGCCAUAUCGGCCUAGCCCCGCAAGAAACAAGUUUGCAGUGGAUGGUGAAGUCUUCCGCUAUUAUACUGCCUGUUUAUACCCGCAAAUGACUAAGCCUUUCUUCAAACGUUGGCUCACAGUUGUAGUAACUGUAAUUUCCUUUUUGGCCUUGACCGUUUUGGUAAUCAGAAAGGGAGUUUACAAUGAUGAAGCGCCAGUUGGAAAAUACAUUCACUGGAAGAAUUUUGAAUGGCUUGAUCUUGAGAAUAGAUCAACUUUCAAAAAGUGCAGAAAUUCAGUUCAAGGACCAAGUUUUCUUGCUGACGAAAAGGGGUAUAUUUGCUCACAUGGAGACUUAUCAGUGAAUGGCUGUUGCAUCCCUGAGAGAAAUUCAACUGAACGGUUUAGCUGCAGCACAUGCCAAGAAAACCGAUGCUGUAAAAUCUAUGAGCAUUGUGUUUCAUGCUGUUUGCAACCAGACAAGCGACACUUGCUAGAAAAUGUGCUUGCAAAAGCAAGAAAUAGCAGAAGUCCAUUGCUAAGGAUAGUGAAAGACACUUUCGAACUAUGUUUGGCAAAGUGCCGCACUUCUUCAUCUAGUGUCCAGCAAGAGAAUGUCUACAGAGACAAUACAUACAAAUUUUGCUAUGGCCUGGACCCUCCAACAUUGCAAGUCAGGAGGUAGCAAGCAGUAGUAGAAUUAUAGAUGAGAAAUAGGAAUUACUUCUCUGGUUACAACCUAGAUGAAUUUUAGAUAUGCAGACCUCUGAUGAAGAAAGUCUGGACAAGUUUUGAGCACCAGAAGAAAGACUGAAUGCCAGUGUUCUCCAGUGCCAGUCUUAUAAUAGGAGCAGGAUAUUGCUCAGACCAUCUUCAGCUCCCUUAGGCAAAAAAAAUCAAAUGCAAUUUAGAAGUAACAAAAUACUCCCUGUAAAUCAGAAAAACUAAGCUUACAAAGAUAUUGUAAGGCUUUUAAAAUUAAAACCUUUCUCUUCUCUCUGUGUGCCGUGAAGCAAGAUUCUACUUGUGUUAUGAAUCUAUAAUAGGUCUUUUUUAGAAGAUAUGUAUUUGAAAAAUAAUCUUUAAUUUUCCAAUAAUAUUUAUUUUUCUUAUUAGAAGUAAAUAAUAA